CGUGCGACGCAGAGUGCCCAGCUCACUGCCUGCGGUUGGGGUUCUGCGCCAGAAGGGGGGACCCCUCCACCACCGCCCCGCCCCAGCCCCACCCAUCAGGAUGGACCUCGCACCAGGUUCCCAGCAGUGGAGGAGGAGAAAGCGCGGAUCCCGGGCACGAGGGAGGGCGCGACCAUGGACGAUGUCUGAGGACAGAGACUCUGCCCACCCACGAGAGAUGAGCAGAGGUCAGCAGGAAGAGAGAAUGACCACCUCCGGCUCUCUGGAGUCUAUGACCUUCCAGGAUGUGACCGUAGACUUUAGCCAGAGGGAAUGGAGGCAGCUGACCCAUGCCCAGAAGACCCUCUAUCGGGAGGUGAUGCUGGAGAACUAUGAGAACUUUGUCUCCCUGGGGCUGCCGGUUGCCAAGCCAGAGCUGAUCACCCAGCUGGAGUGUGGGGAAGGCCCGUGGGUGUUGCUGGAGGAAGAGCCGAGAAGCCUUGGCACAGAUUGGGAGACCCCAUCAGAGACCAAGAAGACAAUCCCUAUACAAAGCAUUUCCCUGAAAGAUACUUCCCAGGAAAGACUCACAAAGAGUGGUUCCUGGGACUAUAAAUUUGGAGAUGUUGGAAAUUGUAAAAACAACACUGACAGGCAUAAAACUAAUAACCAAGACAGAGAUCUGAUGCAAGGAACUUGGGAUAAAAAUUUUAAUAAGGCCAAAGGCCACAAAGGUAAUCACUUUAUGAAAAGUUUUGAUCAAAAGUCAAUCCUUGAUACACAAAGCAACAUUUCUUCAGAAAAAAGUCUUUAUAAAUAUGAUACACAUAGAAAUAACUUCAUACUUUCUUCAGACCUGAGUGAACAUAAUGGAAUCUCCUCAGAAAAGAAAUCCCAUAAGGACAGUGGAUGCAGUAAAGCUUUCAGUGACCCCUUAGACCCUAAUGGAGAUAAAAAAGAAGCUGCUAAAGAGAAAUCCUAUACAUGUACUGAAUUUGGUAAUACUUUCCGCCAGAGGCGACACCUUACUCAAUGUCACAGAAGUCAUUCUUGUGGGAAACCAUAUAUCUGUAGAGAUUGUGGAAAAACCUUCAGCCAGAUCACACAGCUUAUUCAGCAUCAGGGAAUUCAUGAUGGGGAGAGACCCUAUAAAUGUAGUGACUGUGGAAAAGCCUUCACCAAUAGUUCUUCACUUAUUCUACAUCACAUAAUUCACAGUGGAGAGAAACCCUAUGAAUGUCAUGAAUGUAGGAAACUCUUCAGCAAUAGAACAGGACUAUUUGUACAUCUGAGAAUUCAUACUGGAGAGAAACCUUUUCAGUGUAGCAUAUGUAAAAAAGCCUUUAGCCAGAAAGGGGACCUUUCUCGACACCAGAAAGUUCAUACAGGAGAGAAACCAUAUAAAUGUAAUGUAUGUGAAAAAGCUUUUAGCCAGCAAGGACAUCUUACUGCACACCAGAGAAUUCAUAAUGGAGAAAAACCCUAUAAAUGUAAUGAAUGUGGAAAAGCAUUCAGCAAUAGCUCAUCCCUUAUUCUACAUCACAGAAUUCAUAGUGGAGAAAAACCCUAUGAAUGUCACGAAUGUGGGAAGCCUUUCAGUAAUCAUGCAGGCCUCAUUGUACAUCAAAGGAUUCAUACUGGUGAGAAACCCUAUAAAUGUGAUGUAUGUGAAAAAGCCUUCAGCCAGAAAGGUCAUCUUUCUGAACAUCAGAGAAUUCAUACUAGAGAGAAACCCUAUAAUUGUAAUAUAUGCAAGAAGGCCUUUAGCCAGAGGGGAGACCUUUUUCGACAUCAAAAAAUUCAUAAUGGAGAAAAACCUUAUGAUUGCAGUGAAUGUGGGAAAGCUUUCAGCCAGAAGGGAGACCUUACUAAACAUCUAAGGAUCCAUAGUGGUGAGAAGCCUUAUAAAUGUAACAAAUGUGGUAAAGCCUUUAGCAUCAGCUCACAGCUCAAUAUGCAUGAAAGAAUUCAUACUGGAGAGAAGCCCUAUAAAUGUAAUCUAUGUGAAAAAGCCUUCAUCCAGAAAGGACGUCUUACUGAACAUUACAGAAUUCACAAUGGAGAAAAACCUCAUAAAUGUACUGAAUGUGGAAAGUCCUUCAGCCAAAUUACAUACCUUAGUCGGCAUGAGAGAAUUCACACUGGAGAGAAACCAUAUAAAUGUAGUGAAUGUGAGAAAGCCUUCAGUAAUAGCUCAGCACUUAAUGUACAUCAGAAAAUUCAUACUGGUGUGAAGUCCCAUGUAUGUCUUGAAUGUGGGAAGGCCUUCCUCCACAGUAUAGGCCUUAGUUUACAUCAGAGAAUUCAUACUGGAGAAAAACCAUACAAAUGUGACAUAUGUGAGAAAGCCUUCAGCCAGCGAGGAGACCUUUCACGGCAUCAGAAAAUUCAUAAUGGAGAAAAACCCUAUAAAUGUAGUGAUUGUGGGAAAGCUUUCACCCAGAGGGGACACCUUACUGAGCAUCAGAGAGUCCAUAGUGGGGAGAAACCAUAUAAAUGUAAAGAUUGUGGUAAAGCCUUUAGCAACAGCUCACAGGUUACUCUUCAUUACAGAAUACACACGGGAGAGAAGCCUUAUAAAUGUAAUGAGUGUGGACAAGCCUUUAGUCGUCCAGGGAGCCUCAGUGAACAUCAGAAAAUUCAUUCUGUAGAGAAACCUUAUAAAUGUAGUGAAUGUGGAAAAGUAUUCAGCCGCAAUCUGUACCUUAGUCGUCAUCAAACAGUUCAUACUGGGGAAAAGUGCUAUCCAUGUAAUGAAUGCAGUAAAGCCUUCCGGAAUGGCCAUUGUCUUACUCUGCAUCAGAGAAUUCAUAGUGGCGAAAAACCCUAUCAAUGUAGUGAAUGUGGAAAAUCUUUUGGCAGGAAACUAUACCUAACUCAACAUCAGAGAAUACAUAGUGGUGAGAAACCUUAUGAAUGCACUACAUGUGGUAAGGCCUUCACUCGGUGUACAACACUUAUUCAACAUCAGAAAAUUCAUACUAGAAAUAAACCCUAGAAAUUUAAGGUAGAUAUGUAUUCCCAGAUACUAAAACAUAUUACAGACUUCUUUUUUAAUCAAAAUAUUCUGGUACUGGCAGGAGGGAAAGGAGAUAGGAUAGGGAUACCAUGUAUCCAACAAAAUAGAGACAAAAGAUUAGUGUUUUAUAAACUUACAGGAAAUAUAAACUAGCAAAAGAAGUAUUUAACAGAUUUACUUGGGAAAUUUGGUUAGCAAUGUGGCUGAAAAUGGAUUUAGAACUGUAUCUCAUAACACAUUCCUCAGGGUUCCUCCUGAUUUUUAGCCUCAAAUAUAUGUGUAAAACUAAAAAAGUAUGGCGGGGGUGGGGGGAGAGAAAAAGUGAUUAUGCAGUUAUAUCAAUUGUAAAAUUAAGAAAAUGUUCUAUUAAAUAAUUAGAAGGGUCAAAGUAAGAUGUAUUUAAGAACAAAGAAAUAAAGCAUGAAAGCAAUGUAACCAAAGUAAAAGAACAGUUGCAAAAAAAAAAAAGAUGUUGAUAUCAAAUAUGCUAGCUACAUAGGAAAAGAACUACUAAAAAUCUACAAAGGUAGCUCUUAGUCCACAAGGGAGAUGAAUGGUCAAUGGCUAUGAAGAGAUCAUUUUCAAAUGAGGAAACAAAUUGCUAAUAACAUGGAAAGUGUUCAGUCUCAAUCAAAAUUAUAUACAUUAAAGUAUCAUUGAGAUGCUCUUUAAUUUUUUUUUUUCAAAAAUAGAAACAAUGCUUGUGGAAUUAAGAAAUAUUGGUAGAAAGUUAUAGACUUUGGAAUGCCAUUUCGCAAUACACAGUAAAUGUCAACCCCCCCAAAAUCACACUUUGAUUUGAUCAUUGCAUUGAUGACCAUAUCCUCCAAAAGUUUUAUCAAAAGCAAAAUAGAACUAUUUGGUCAAAGAUUUUAAUUUCAUAUUCAUUUAUAAUAUGAACUGGAAGUACCUGAAAUAUCUAGCAGUAGGGUAUUUGUUAAAUUGUGCGACAUUCAUACAAUGGAAUCCCAUUAUGCAAUUAUAAUUUACAACUUUGAGAAAUAUGAUGAAAUGUAGAUGAGGGUCUUUGUGACAAAGUACAGGAUGUAACAAAAACCAAAAUAAAGAUCACAAUGGCUACUACCAUGUAAGAGUGGUUGGAAUGAAAGAACAAGAAUUUGAGGGAGACUUGUGGAGUAACUGAAAAGUUAUUGGACUUCUGCAUAUUCAUAUUCUUUGAAUGUAAGUGGCUGUGUAGUAUCACUGUUCUGUAAGAAGUGAUCAAUAUGCUGAAUACAGAUGUACAUGGGAAAAUUUAAAUGAGCUGAUACAAAGUUAACUAAGCAAAAUCAGAAAACAAAGAAAUGAACCAAACUAUAGAUUGACACUAACUACAACAAUGGAAAUGGAAAAUAACUGGACAACAAAAUGAUUUUUAAAAAAAUUAAGUGUUGUGAAAUUAUAACGACCAAGCUUGGCUCCAAAGAAGCAAUUUGGGACUCUUACUAUGUUUUUUUUGUUUGUUUUGUUUUUGUGGGGCAAUGAGGGUUAAGUGACUUGCCCAGGGUCACACAGCUAGUAAGUGUCAAGUGUCUGAGGCCAGAUUUGAACUCAGGUACUCCUGAAUCCAGGGCCAGUGCUCUAUCCGCUGCACCACCUAGCUGCCCGCACAAUUUGGGACUCUUACACUCUCAUGUACUGUCACAAUGGAAAUCUGUGAGAAAGAAAAACUAAGACAAAAAGUUCUGUGCACAAUUUAUUAGCAAGCUAAUAGUUGCCAGUAAAUGAGGUCAAUGGCUCCUUAGUAGCCAUAGACAAACUAGGGGUUUACAGGAGUUAUUUUUAUAGUCAUAAAAGGAAUAGAAAAAUUGCAGAUUCUUGGGAAAUGAUUUGAUUGGAUGGAGUAUGACACGAGGUUAAGCUAGGUACAUCCUGGAACAUUCUGAGGUCAGCCAGGGACCAUUGCCAAUAUUUGGGGCAUAGGCAUGUUGAGAGCAUCACAGGGUGUGAUAAUCAUCAAUCUGUCUAUGUGGUUACAAUUCCACAUCAGUCGAUCUCAAUAUCAUGGAAUCGUUGGGCUAACUGGAAAGUGUUCUUUUCUUAGGCCAGUUGAAAGUGUUACCUUAGUCAACUACAAAAGGAAACUUGGACUUCUGUGAAAUGGGGAAAUUUUCAUUCCAGCUCAGUUCUGCUGGAGCUUAGCUCUACCAAAAUGAGGAACUUAAUGUCUAACUAUAAUGAUUGUAUAUCUCUUAAUCUCAGAGCUAUCUGAACCUAGGUCUUAUAUGUUAAAAUAAACCAACAGGUGUUAACUGAGGAUUUCAAUACACAUGCCCACCACUUGGCAGAGUUGAGAUACUAUGGGUGUGGAAUACUGUAUAUAAGAUCUGGUGUUUUUUGAUAUGUUGGUUGGUUUUGAACAGUUUCUUUUUCCUUUUCUCAUUGUUAUAAGUAGAGUGGCUCUCUGGAAGCAGUUCAGGGAAAGAUACAUUGAAAAAUGUAAGUGAUAUAAAUGCAAAUUAUCAAUAAAAAUUAUUUCAAAAUUAAAUGUAAAAAGUUUCUGUGCAAAUUUAAUCAGCUGUAUUAGUAUUUGCAAUUAAGUUUAAUAAUUCCAAAAAAUUGAUCUGAGACAAACUCUAAAGAUGCAAGGUAUGUGAAUAAGCCUUUAGUGACAACAUAC